AUGAACAGCUGGUACCACGAAGACACUGGUGAGAAGAAGGAAGGGAUUAAAGAGGAGAGCGAAAAGAAGAGGAGAAAAUACUCCACGAGCAGCAACGACUCAGACACCACCGACAGUCAGGUGACGUCGUGGUCGUCGAAGAACACGGGCACCAGCAGUACCUGGGUCCACCACCAGCACAAGAAACCAUCAGAGGUGUUCCGUACCGACUUCAUCACGGCCAUGAAGCUCCCGGACUCGAACCAGCUCGGCCCAGACGACUUCUACGUGCUCUCGGACCCUUGGAGACAAGAGUGGGAGAAGGGGGUGCAGGUGCCCGCCAGCCUGGAGGCCAUCCCGGAGCCCGUGGUCAGGUUGCUGUCGUCGGGCGGCCUUUCCGAUGGCGAGCAGGAGAUUGGGGGCGGGGUCAUCGACCAGGCUCCUCCCACUCAGCACUACAGUGGCUACGACCUGGACGACCUGGACGUGGCCUGGCUGGAGCUGGUGAACCACGAGUUCAGACAGAUGGCGCUGCCCGAGCUGGACGAGUUCACGAUGGAGUGCGUGGUGGUGCAGCUAGAGGGCGCCUGCGAGCAGAAGAUGCGUCAGGCCAUCGAGACGGAGGAGGGGCUGGGCAUCGAGUACGACGAGGACGUGGUGUGUGACGUGUGCCGCUCGCCGGAGGGAGAGGACGGCAACGAGAUGGUGUUCUGCGAUGAGUGCAACGUCUGCGUCCACCAGGCGUGUUACGGCAUCCUGAAGGUGCCCCAGGGCAACUGGCUGUGUCGGACCUGCGCUCUGGGCGUCCAGCCCAAGUGCCUGCUGUGCCCCAAAAGGGGCGGGGCCCUGAAGCCGACCCGCAGCGGCACCAAGUGGGUCCACGUCAGCUGUGCCUUAUGGAUCCCCGAGGUGAGUAUCGGCUGCCCAGAGAAGAUGGAGCCGAUCACCAAGGUGUCCCACAUCCCGGCCAGCCGCUGGGCUCUGAGCUGCAGCCUCUGCCGGGAGCACACGGGCACCUGCAUACAGUGCUGCAUGCCCUCGUGCAUCGUGGCGUUCCACGUGACGUGCGCCUUCGACCACGGCGCCGAGAUGCGGACCGUCCUGGUCGACAACGACGAGGUGCGCUUCAAGUCCUUCUGCCUGGACCACAGCUGCAGCGCCGCCGGCCGGCCGGACCGGGGAGCCGCCGCCGCGGCCGCCCACGUCAUCGGCGGCGGCGGCGCCGAGCAGCGGGCGGAGCGCGAGCAGCUGGAGAGGGACAAGGUGGGCCAGAGGAAGCAGAAGCUGCAGCAGCUGGAGGACGAGUUCUACCGGCUGGUGGACCCCCGGGAGGUGGCCCAGAGCCUGGCGCUGCCCGGCCCUCAGGUGGACUUCCUGUACCAGUUCUGGAAGACGAAGAGGAAGGCCAACUUCAACCGACCUCUGGUGACCUUGAAGAGGGACGAGGUGGACAACCUGGCGCAGCAGGAGCAGGACGUCCUGUACCGGCGCCUCAAGCUCUUCACACACCUGCGCCAGGACCUGGAGAGGGUGCGUAACCUGUGCUACAUGGUGACGCGGAGGGAGAAGAUGAAACACACCAUGUGCGACCUCCAGGAGAAGAUCUUCCACCUGCAGAUACAACUCCUGGAAGAGGACGUCGCCGGAGAGAAAAGCCAGAAGGGAGAAAAGAAGCAGAAUGGAGCGAAGGAGAAAGGAAAGGAGAGAAGGAAGAGUAGCCCCGAGAAGAAAAAGGACAGAUUGAAGCCGGAGAACGGCUCCCUGCUGAAAGAGCUAGGUUUGUCAAAGUCUUUCCCGUUGGACGACUCUUUGUUCGACGGCUGGCUCGCUCAGACGGUUCAGAUCACCGCCGACGAUAUGCUCAGCCAAUGGGCUCUGGGCGCCCAGCACCGGGACAGGAGCGGCAGCCUGCUGUCCGACCAGCUCCUUCAAGGCGAGGAGAGCCUUCUGAACCUGAGGAUGGAGAACUCCAUGCAGUCCACGUGGAAAACGCCUCAGCUGGGCCGCAAACCGCGAGGCGGCAACAAGUUGCGUGGCCGCCUGCCGCCGCCCGCGGGCCCCGCCUCGCCCGACACGCCCCCAUCCGCGCCGGCCGCCCCCGCCUCCGGCAGCCCCCCCGCCGCCGCCGAGCAGCCGGAGAGCUCGGCGGGGGAGAAGCCGGCGGUCGGAAAGGGGGAGCGGCCUUGCGGCUCCUCCUCCAAGGCCUCGCACCACUCCUACCUUCACCCGCACCAGACCAGGAGCGGCGACCUGCACCGGGACCCGCCGCCGCCGCCGCCCAUCUCCAAGAUGGAUUCCUGUCACAUCUCGGAGGACCGCGGCCCGUGGGACAGCGUCUGCGUGGGCGGCGGCGCCCCGCCCGGUUUCGCCGCCGCCGGCUCGUCUCCGCGCCCGGCCUCCAGCCCCGGGGCCACGCUGCCCGACUCGGGGGCCAUCGUUCGCGGCAGGGUGCCGCGGCUCCGCCUGUCACGCCGGGGUAGGUCCAGAGGGCGCGGCGGCGGCGGUUCCGGCGUGACCUCCGGCCCCGCGCAGCCGGCGAGGAAAAACACGUCCCUGCCGGAUGCCGCCGAGACCGACGGGUACUUCUCCGACGGCGAGCAGAGCGAGCCGGACACGCGCUCCGGCGCACGCAAACUCCACUUGCCGCAGUUGCAUUCUGGGAAAGAGGACCUGCUGAGAAGGAGUGUGCUGGCCUCGUAGAGAACCCCGAGACACACUUGAUUCCUUCGGCUCUCACCUGGUGUGUUUUUGGGGGCGGGGCUUGAAUGUAGCGGUUCUCCACCGGGUCGUAGUUCCUUCGCCAGCUUUCCUGAAGAUGCGAACGUCUUCGUGAACUUCUUCUGUGUUUCAGAUGACAUUGUUUUGGUUUCCUGGGCUUUGAAGUCGCCACGUCUGACUCUUCGGGGCAUUAUUCUGAUUCUCAUUCUGAUUCUCGACGUCCUCCAGGCUGGUUUCAGGCUCCCGGUCGCUGUGGCCUUGAGGUUCUUUUUCUCGGUGGAGAGUCACUUUCACACGGGGCCGGUGUGAAGAUGGACGACGCGCAUUCAGCCUUGAGAAGCACAACGCGCUCGUCAUCAGAGACGUGGCAUAAGCACUUGUGUGUGUGUGUGUGUGUGUUAUAGAUCAUUCAGGGUUGGGUUCAACUCUCAUCCCGUUGACUCAACACAUAAACUAAAACCCGGAUUCUCAAAUGUAUCUUCACAGACGACGAAAAAAAAAAGAUUUCAAGCUCCUUUCUUCCUUUUUUUGUUUUAUAGAGAAUAGAUUGAGCUCAACCCUGGUGCUCACACACACACACACACACACACACACAGACUGACACACACACACAGACAGACUGACACACACACGACGACAAGCAAAUCCCUUUUGCUCGCAUCACAGCCGUCGUUGGGAUAUUCGAUCUGACUUUUGUCGGCUGCUUUCAAAUUCUUCCUAAAUCUGAGUUAAGUUGAAUUUUUUUAAUUUUUUAAAAUCUUUGGUGAAAAAAAAAAGAAGAAAAAAAAUCAUCGUAGAAACUCUGUGCCUUCUGUCGCUUACCCCCCCCCCCCCCCCACACACCCCUCCAAUUAACCAAUCAAUCAGUAAGUAGAUCAAUCAGUCGCUCUUCUCAAUCGGAUUUGUAACAAUCAGACCAAGAGGAACCCCGUCGGCAUGGUUACCGGCUCCUUGUCACCUUAACGAUCGUCGAGUGCCUGAAAACAAGGAUGUAAAUGCAGCGUUUUGCCAAUAAUCAAUUAUUUUUUUCUGCAAGCAGUUAUAGCGAAGCAGAGCCACAACGUACUAUCAGUGCAAAAAGCUGCCCCCCCCCCCCACACACACACACACACAACUACAUCCCUGCAGACACACAGGGCUUGGCCGCGUCACACUGAGGGCGCCAUGUCCCGAACACGAUGGACACGCCCGGAGAAAAUAACACAAUACAAAUAAUAAUUAGACUUUUUUUGUGUGUCGCCUUCAUCAGUUCUGCAUCGAUAACGCUUCAUUGUUCAAGUUGGAUGUGUAGAAAUAUGGCAAGAUUCUGCACCCCGGAGGUCCAUUUACUGGAUUUGUAUUUUUUUUGGGAGCUUUUAAACUCAAACUCACAGAUUUACAAACAUCUACUUCACAGAUGAGGUUCCUCAAACAACCUUUGACCCCUGAACGUUGGACCGUGACCCCCGCGGUGCAGUUCACCCUCAUGGGGCAUUCAUAAGGAUUCAUAAGGAUUCAUAAGGAUUCAUAAGCAGUUCUUUGGGGGUGCUGUGUGAGGCCGCCUCCCCCUUAUUGCCCGUGUGUCUCUAUGCAACGACCCCCGAGUCUGACGUGGCCGAGCUCUGCUGUUGACCACGUACUAACCAGAGCCCUGCGCUUUGUUGUUGUUGUUGUUGUUGUUGUUGUUGUUCUCUCAUAUAGUUGUAUUUUGUACUCAUAGCAGUCUAUGGUAUUCUCAGGGGUUAAAAAAGAAAACCUACAAAAAAAGAAAGAAUUAAAGGUUUGAAAAUGUAUCAAAAAAGCGACCUAAGACUAAAGAUGUAGAUAUAUAAUAUAAAUUAUAUUGUAUACAAUACAUAUAUAUAUAUUUAUAUAUAUAUAUAUGUAGUGAUGCGUGUACUCUCAAAACUUCCUUAAUUGGCAAGCAUCACUGUUUUCACUCCUACUGAGCACGCUCAGUAUGACCAUCAGCCUGAGUUCAAUAGUCUCAACCUCAUAUAUAUAUUAUAUAGCUGUUAGAACGUACACACACACUCACACACACACCCACACUCACACACACACACACACGCACACACACCAGAGCUGGUAUAACAGGGUACAAGAGGAUUCGUUUUGUAUGUGGCCCUGACGGCAUCAGGAAGUAUUGAGCGGAGUGACACGCCCCCUCCGUCAGCAGGAGAGUGAUAUUAUUAUUAUGACUCCGUCUCUUCUGUGCUUCAGGUGUAGCCACUCACCUGAAGCACCUCCACACUCGUCUCCGGAAAGGUUGGACACAACAACAACAUUUAUUUUGAAUAUUAUUUAAAGCGAGGCCGUCCCGCUCCGACUCUCGGUUUCCACAUUACGUGUUCAGACUGUAUCUCUGAGUCGACCGCGGCGUGGUCGCUGCUGAGGCUGCACGGCGCCGCCAGGGGAACGCACUAAAGAUGAGCCUCUCAGACGUGUGGGCGGGGCUUAUUAGUCCCAUUUAAACUUAGGAGCAGCCCCGUAGUCCCUAGUGAGGCAUUGUUGCUGUCGUUGUCGUUGUUGUUGUUGUGCAGCCUUGGCAAACACAAACUGGUUAUUAUUCUAUAUUUACCGUGUGGCUUCGGUGCCGUCUCCUUCCGCUUCAUAGAUACUGGAGUCAGUUUUUUAAUUUUUAUUUUGCAGGUUCUUCUUCCUCUUUAGUUUUUUUAAUCGAUAUCCCGUCGUAGAAUACACGUUAGAGCCUCCCGUCCUCCGGGUGGUGCCACGCGGGGGUCGGGAAACGGCAGCGCGCUCCACCUCGACUUCCGCUAGGCAGCCGGCGUUUGGGGGCGGGGCCUAAGGGAGCAUUCUGGUUUGCAGAGCUUCGUGCUUCCUGUUGUCCGAACCAGCCCCCCCCCCCCACCCCAAUAGCGUAUAAUACUGUUCCACUACUGCUACUAGAGACUGUGUACAUUUUCCGUGUUUUGAUAAAAAAGCCUUUUGGAAUUCAUUUAUCUCUCUCGUAACGCUUCAGCGGCCGCUGUGGCUUUUUAAAAAAAAGUCAAAUUAGAAAGAUGACUUCUACUGUUUUCUUUUUUUACUGGUGCUUUGCUCUCGUCUUCAAGGUCUCAGCAUCCCACGAACCCGACGGAGGUCUGGUCCCCGAGGCCGAGGAGGAAGAAGCGAGUCCCGAUGGGUGGAGCCGAAGGACCUCAGAGAGGUCUUCAUACGUUAGAUAACCAGUUGUCAUCAGAACAUUAAUUGGACUCUAUUUUUCAGAUGCACUUAUUAAACUAUUUGUUGGAAGAGAUAAAACAUUACAUUUUGAAAAUUAAAAUUAGAAAUAUAUAUUUUUUCCGAGCGAAACGAUCCCCAUUUCCAGCUUUUCGGAUGUGAGGAUUUUGCUGUUUACUAUCUUCGUGUGAGUAAGCGAUAAUCUUUUUGCAGUUUAAUUAAUUAGUUUGUUUCGGUGCCCAAAGAGACGUUAUUUAAAUAAUGUGUGUUUUAUCCAAACCGACAGUAUAAACCCGUAUAAAGCGCAAAAGAAUUUACAGGACACAACGUGUAUUUUCAUGUUUAAAAAACAACAACAAAAGCGUUGUUUGGCUCCACCCACUCGGAUUCAACCCCAGCUGUGAGCCGCGUCGGCCUCCGUAGCGAUCCACACUCAAGUUCCCGUCUGCACAUGCGCACCUUACUCUGCCAUCCAGCAUCUUCCUCCCCGUUCCUCCUCUCGCCACCAGCAGAAAACACGAUAACAAAACUAAAAACACAACCGCGCCCGCCACUCCUCCUCCGCCCCGGUCCGUUGAGGCGGCACGUGACCUCCUUUCUUUCUUUCUUUUAACGCUUUUAAAGCUUAAAAGAAGGAAGCAUAAAAAGGGGUGUCUGUAGCUUUAAGGGCAAAUAAUGACAGGCGCGUGUUGAGGAAGUUACGUGUGAGGAGGAGGAAACGUUGCACUCUGCUUUGGCCUGGAGAGAGAGAGGGGAGGAGAGAAGGAGAGAAGGAGAGAGGCGUUUACUGAACCGGAGCCAGAGGACUGAAGGACAACGUGUUCUUUCCCCUGCGUUCUGUCUGCAGGCUGUUAACAGGCAGCUCAUAUAAACAGCACCCUUCCCUUUUCUCCUCUCUCUCUCUCGCUCUCUCUUUCUCUCAAGACUUUCCCUUAAAUAUCGUCAUUAAAAUCCCAGAGACAUUUUUUUUUGCUGAAUAGUUUAAAUAUUCAAAUAAGCACAAUGUUACACUUUUUGCCAACAAUUAAUUGAUCUCCAUGACACAUUAGGAGCAAAAUGUGUAUGAAUCCCAAAAUAUAAUUAUUAACUUGUUAAAUGUCCUACUUUUAGUCUGUGAGGAAGUCUUUAGUUUUGUAAUCAGUAAGAAAACAAACGAGCGGUGGAUUUAAUUCUUGAACACCAGCUUUAUUGCUUAAAGGGACAGGUCACCCCAAAAUAUAAAUAAAUACAUAUUAUCACCUGUCGCGCUAUUUAUCAAUCCAGAUGAAGUCUCUUUUCAUAUAUCGGGGCGAGGUGACACUCGACAGCAACGUCGUGCUCCAUGUGAGCGUUUUCAUGUCGGAACUAUUGUUAAAAAGACAUUGUUGUUGUUUUUUAAAACAUUUUAUCGGUGCUUUGAGCACCACAAAAGCCCCAAAUAAACCAAAUCAUAACGGGGACAACGCAGAUGUACUUUACGCAAACCAAGAUAAUCUAGAUCAAUAAACAACAACACAUGGAAGCGGGAACAGAUGUUUACAAAAAUAUAUAUUUUGGGGUGAACUGUCCCUUUAAAUGUCACAAGCAGCCAUUUUUAAACGAAAAUGCUGUUUUAUUUAUUACCGGCCUUUAGUUGAAUUCUAAUAUAACUUAUGUAUCCGUACUCACUGACUAUGGUUUUAUGUAUAUUUUAUAUAUAUAUAUAUAUAUACAUUUAUAUAUAUAUUUAUAUAUAUGUUUAUAUUCAUGUAUUUAUAUAUAUAUAUUUAUAUACAUUUGUAUAUAUAUAUUUAUAUACACAUAUACAUAUUUAUAUCCAUGUAUAUAUAUAUAUAUGUCAUUUUUGGUCAUUUAACUUGGAAGUGGGAUGUAAACUUUCCUGACUCACAAUCUGAAAACGUAUUUUUUUCCCAUCUGGUUUUCCCAUCAUGCUUCAGGGCGGUGAUGACUUCUUCAGUGGUAACUAGACUCGCGGUGCGUGAACACGAGGUCGUCGUUGAAGACGCUUCCCCUGCAGGCGUCGAGGAAUUAUGAUUUUGAAAUCAGAAGUAUUCUGUCCUUCACCUCCACCACGUCUGCUUCAUGUCGUCUCCUGAUGUCUCCUCCCUGCUUCUCUCAUCCGUCUCAUUUGUCUCUUUCCACACACACAGACACACACUCACACACUCUCUCUCUCGCACACGCACACACACACAGAACACAUGUUUAUCUUCCACUGAGGCAAAUACGUAUUUAUUUGACUCCACUGACAUAUGCAGGGAGGGGAAAUGUAACUUUGAUUACAUAAAGUGGGGGAAAGUGCAGUGUGUGUAUAUGUGUGUGUGUGUGUUUGUCUAUGUGUCUGUGUGUGUGUGUGUGUGUGUGUGUGUGUGUGUGUGUGUGUGUACCCGCAGCUUUUACCAACGAGCCAAUCAGACUCAUCUUCAUGUGGAUGUGCUCUUCAACAUCUCCCUCUCUCCCCCUCUCUCUCCUUCUCUCUCUCUUUCCCCCUCUUCCUCUUCCUCUCUCUCUCCCCCUCUCCCUCUCUCUCUCUCCCCCUCUCUCUCUCAUAAUGAAACAACUGUUCAGUGGACUUUUUUCUCACCUCCUCUAAAUUCUUAUUAAUAUCCAACAUUAAUGUUAGUUUAGCUGCUCUCUCUCUCUCUCUCAUGAGAUAUUAUUGUCGUUAUUAUUAUUGGGUGUCCUUCUGCACCAUUUGAGCACUAUUUGAAUAACAAUCAGCAUCGUCCAAUCAACGCAGAGCUCCUCCUCCUCAUCGGUCCUCCUCCCCUGUGAGUCUUCAAUACUAUGAAUGUUGCAGGAGUUAUUCUCCAUUGUGCCAUUUGUUAAUAGCAAAGAGAACUAUUGAACAUAUAUGAAAGAGAAGAGCUAUUUUAAAUUAUUUUGUGCCUCUUUUUUUUAUUUGCUAUAUUUAUUUUUCUUGUAUUAGAAUCUUCUUUGUAGGAGGGGAAAAAAAUCUAUAUAUAAAAAAAAAACUGUAUUUUUCAUUAGUGCGAAAAAACAACUAUUUUCUUCCUUUUUGUACAAUUUGGAUGUUUUAAGCGAGACUUUGAAAAAGCAAUAGGGCGAUGACGAUGUUUCCUGUGACUGUAUCUGCAUGCUGUUUGUGUUGCCUUAACGAUGGCUGCAUCCCGCCCUCGCCCCUGUCUGGCCCCGCCCCCUUCCCCUGCUCUGGCCCCUCCCACCCUCAUCCGAUGGAGCCCCAGUCCCGUCUGACCCAGCCCGGUCCAGUCCAGUGCAGUCAAUAAAGCAUUGCUUUCUGUGUA